CAACUAUGGCGUUUUUCACACGGUCGCUCCAAGAUUUACCGAUGAUUACGGUAAAUGACGUUACUCGAAUUAUCCAAACGCUGUCCCAUUCGUCGAAAGCCAAGAAGGAGAAGGGAUUCAAGCUAUACAUUUCAAGCUACAUUCACAAUUAUAAAGAUUGUGCUUAAGGAUGACCAUCCUGUGCAGCUAGAAAGCUGCCAGUGUACCUGUGUGGCAGGUACAGCUUUAUGUAACCAUGUGGCAGCACUGUUGUACCAGACUGCACAUUAUCGCCAGCUUAGAAUCACCUCUGUUCCUCCAACACACAGCUGCACAGAGACUGAACAGAAGUGGCAUAAGCCAAGAACCAUGGGUGUUAAACCUGGUCCAGUUAAUGAAAUGGUAAUUCUUUCAGCCAGACCCAAGGAACGGAAACUGGUAGAAGGGAUCAGGAGCAACUUGUAUAAGGGUGUAAGUUCACCUCUGCCUGAACUAUCCAUACUCCGGGUGGAUGAGGUCUACAGUGAUCUUGCAAGUGAAGCGGCUCCCCUGAUAACCACUAUGAGUAUGGACAUUAGUGCUCCUCUGGUUGACUCUGUAUUUGGAAAAGUCCAAGAAGGAAGCGUGCUAUCUUACCACAUACCAGCAAAGAGAGUGCCAAAAACCUGUCCACACACAGAUGCCCCUUCUCCCCCGCAGCUGCCACUUCAUGGUUACAGGCUGGGACCCUCUGCCUGCUCUUUUGUCUACACUGAACAUCAGCAGCACCACAUGAUGUCCCUGGCAACAACAUUAGAGACACCACACAAAAUUGCAAACAGUACAAAAGAGCAGAGUUCCUGCAUUGAGUGGCACCAACUAAGGCGGCCUCGCAUCACCUCGUCCAAAUUCAGAGAGAUCUGUCACACCAGGUUACAGAGCUCUGCUGAAAAUCUUGCAAAAAGACUUCUGAGACCUAGCCAUCAAACUGCAGACAUGAGGAGGGGGCUUGACAUGGAACCUGUAGCAGUAGAGGAGUACUGCAGGGCAAGAGACGUUAAUCACUACCCCUGUGGCUUCCUUAUUCACCCCGAGGCACCGUGGAUGGGGUCAUCACCAGACGGCAUCGUGUAUGAUCCAAAGGGGCAGUCGGCUUUUGGACUUGUUGAAAUUAAAUGCCCCAAUGUAGCAAGCUAUGUUGACUGUCCGUAUAUUAAGAUCAGUGAGGGCACACAUACACUAAGGAAGUCUCAUCCUUACUUUUGGCAAAUCCAGGGCCAGAUGUUGAUUUCUGGUUUAGACUGGUGUGACUUUGUUGUCUACACACAGGAGGACAUGUUUAUUCAGAGGAUUCACAGAGACAAUGAAAUCACCAAAACAAUGAAAGAAAAACUGAUUAUUUCUUUUUUUAUUUUUCUGUUUCUGCUGCUGCUGUAGUUUGACCUACUGAAGACUGGAAACUACAGUGUGACAGGUGUACAGUGACUGAAAGGACCCUGCGGACGCUCACUGAUGACGUCUGCGUGCAGUUCGGUACAUGCCUGUGUGAAAUGUUUUGCAAGUAAUUUCUCUAGGUCAGGGGUGUCCAACCCUGUUCCUGGAGAUCGACCUUCCUGCAGAGUUUAGUUCCAGCCCUAAUUAAACACACCUGUCUGUAAUUAUCAAGUGCUCCUUCAGAUCUAAUUAGAUGGUUCAGGUGUGUUUGAACAGGGUUGGAGCUGAAUUCUGCAGGAAAGUCGAUCUCCAGGACCAGGGUUGAGCGCCCCUGCUCUAGGUGGUUAUGGAGAACACUACAGGAGGUGAUAGAAAAGUAUAUGGUUGCUGAUACUGUCACCUUAGAAGAUAUAACGUAUGGUAGAGUCAUACAAUAUUUAGUUUGAUUAAUUACAUUAAAAUAAUGGCAAAAUUUGUUAUAAAUAAAUGUAGGUUCUGUUUAUUAUAUUCAGAAAUAAUGGAGUGUGUGUCAUCAGGUAGAUCGUUUCGUUACCGGUGAAAGUAAAACUAAGACAGGAAUAAUCUCAGUUCGAUUACUAAUUGUCAUAUCAACAUUUAGUUAAUAACCAUAUAAUCAAAUCAAUAAUUUAUUUAGAAAUUCUUGUAAACACAGCAAUGUUCAGUUGAAGGUAAGUCAAAAAACAUAUUUACUUGAACGUGUGUCUAUCAUGAGUCUGACUUGAGAACAGAUGCGUUUAACGCUUUUUGGAGCGAUUUAUUAAGUGAUACUAAACCAUAUAAAUGCAUUUUUAAAAAUAAUAAGGUCAAAUAAAGCUACAUGUGGAUACACGAAGUACAUUUGUGUCUUGCUUUGUCUGGACUAAUUUAACGUGUUGAUUGUAAAUGUGUAUGUAAAAUGUAAAAAUGUUGUAUUUUGCCCAUAAGUGUAAAUGUGCAAGUAUUUGGAGGCAAAACGCAUGUUAACUCAGCAUUUGUCUGUUUAUUGUAAUAUUUUGUCGUCAUAUUUUUCUUUUUAUCAUCUGUGUCCUCCAGCAAUGAAGUUCAUUUGUGUGACUCUGCUGAUUAUUAGUGGAAUUACAGAUUCGAGAUCAGAGCAGUAUGAAGCAGUGGGUCCUGCAGAUGCUGUUCUUGCUGUAGCUGGUGAAGAUGUGAUUCUGCCCUGUUCAGUCAAACCCAACAUCAGUGUUGUGGACAUGAGAGUGGAGUGGUUUAGACUUGAUCCGAAA